AUGCAAGCCAGUCCCAUCCGCAUCCCAACUGUCAGCAGUGACACCGACUGGGACUUCUGCUUCCAUCUGUCACAGCAAACCAGGAUCCUAACACACCAGCAGAGAGAUGAGUUGUGUCCCACUAGUGGGUCUGGAGAGAGUGAAGAAGACACUAAAGCCAAGGAGAAGACCAUAGACUGCAUGUCUCUUCCCAUAGAGAAACUGGUCCAAUCUCAGAAGAAAAUAGCUCAGCUGAUUAAGGGAAAAAUGAAUACCCAAGCAAACAAGGAGCUGAUUCGCUGUGCCAUCCUUUCUCGGAUUAUUUUUGGGGAAGAACACUGGAAAUGUGCACAGGCUUUGGCCAGCCUGGCUUAUGGCUACCUGACACUGAGAGGCCUCCCAGCUCAGGCCAAGAAACAUGCUGAGUCUGCCAAGAACACACUGCUGACCUGGAAGGGAAACACGACCUCAGACAAGGAAAAAAAGGAAAUCGUGGAAGCUCUGGUCAUGCUCUACUACACUCUGGGGGUGGCCUGGCUUCUGCAGAACCAUGGCAGAGAGGCUUAUGUCAACCUGCAGAAGGCAGAGAGGAACAUGAUGGAGCUGAAAGAAUUAUAUAGGGGAGGCAUCUGUGGAUUACAAGUCUCAGAGACAGACCUAACAAUUGCUUUGGGCAGAGCCUCCUUGGCCAUCCACAGGUUGAACCUCGCUCUGGCAUACUUUGAAAAGGCAAUUGGCAACAUUAUUGCUGUGAAGGGUGAUAGGACAUCAGAUCUGGUCAGUCUAUACCAGGAAAUUGCUCAGAUGGAGCAGCUGAGGAGGAACCACGACCAGGCCAUCCAGUACUUGCACCAGGCCCAUUCUAUCUGUGUUUCUUUGUUCACUGAAGUCAGCCCUGAAACUGCAGAGGCGAGUGCAUUACUAGCCAAGGCUUAUGCCAUGUCUGGAGAGGCCCAACACAAGGAUGCUGUUGAAGUAUAUUUUAUAAAAAGUAUCAGUGCGUAUCAAACAACAUUGGGCCCAGAGGAUUGUGAAACACUGACAACCAUUGAAGAAUUUUGCAAAUGGCUUGUCCAAAAUGGGGAAAAACAGUGUCUGAUGAUUCAAAUCCUUUUAUAUGGAAGUGAGUACAGUAGAAGCAGAGACACAAAAAACCUCCUUACUCUAUUGCAGAGGUGAGUUCUGGCCCUGACCAUCAACCAGGUCAUCAGU